AUAGAUUUUUUUUCAUUUCAGAUAAUUGGAGAAGGUACUAACCUAUGAAUAGGACAGCGAGAAUGAUAACAGCUGCCGAGUAUGCUUUCAUCAGUAGUUGGAUCUGCCGAGAGUCGUCGAUUGUCGUCUCGGUUAGACACGACUUGCUGAUAGGAAACGAGCAGAAAGUUCCGAACAGAAAGCAGAAUCCUACUAGAAACUUGGCGCGUCUUGCACUCAUGAUAGUUUUGUAGUCGUGAGGUUUGUUCACUGCAAUGAGUCGGUCCAAUACUAUGCAAAUAAAUAUGGCGAAGCUUGUAGUGACGUAGGCGAAAGAUCCUCCUUUGUCAACUACACAGACGAUCGCUGAUUGGCUGAGAGUGAGUAUUUCAUAUAUACUCACUGGCAUGUAGCACACAGAAGUAGCAAAGUCGAGACAAGCAAGGGCGAAUAUGAAGAUAUCACUGGAAUUUGUGAAUGUCUUGUUGCCAUAUACCAUAAUAACUAAUGAGUUGCCCAUGGAUCCGAAAAUGCAAUUGAAAACGAGAAUAAUGACUGAACGCCACAUCGAAGGUAGUGUGAACAAGAAGACGGAGCUGGAGUCGAGGAACUUCAAGAAGAUGGUGGAGACUGCCGGUUUGUUCAAAAAGGGACGAUUGGAUGGGGCUGAGAUGGAUAUGAUCUACACUAGGUGUAAAGGACCAUCCAGAAACAUCCCGUGGCCAAAUUUUCAGCAGAAAGCUGUUCCUCAACUAGCUCAGGCUUGUUUCGGGAGCGCCAGCGAGGAGAACCAGAAGAAAGUUGUCACGGCCAUUGUCACUAAAGCUCCAGGGCUAAACACCAACUUAAACAUGUCCAAGGAUGACGUAGUGAAUCGCUUGACAGACACUAGGGGCUACACAGGAGCUCACAAAGAGAGAUUCGACGAAUCAGGGAAGGGGAAGGGAAUGGAUGGUCGAGUGGACAGGGGCCCAAACACUGGUUACGUCCAGGGAUACAAAAACCAGAACACUUACCAGAAAUGAACCCAACAAUGGACACUCUGGCAAUUUAGUACGUUCAAGCGGAGCUAUGUAAUUUAACUACUUACGUAGAAU